AUGUUCUUUAAACUUGUAAAAACAUUAGUAUAAAAAAAUUAUCGCUUCACCAUUGCGAAUAUGUAAAAUACAAUCAUCGAAUUUACAAUUCAAGAGUUGAAUUUUUCAACAAAUUUUUUCAAUGAAUUUAUAACUUUUAUAUUACCUUCAAUCUCAGAUCUAGCAGUAAUUGUUACAAAAAAGUGUUAAGAAGGAAAAUAAUUAAUAGUACACAUACCUAAAAAUAAUGGAGCCUCUCCUAUUAAUAUAGUAUUAAUUGCAAGUCUAAUCAUAGUACCUACCAUUAAAAAGUAUAUUUUUCAACUGCAACUCCACUAAUUUCGAAAUUGA